AUGAUCGAAAUAAAAUCUUCAACUUUGGACUCAGAACUAGAUCCACCGUCAAGUCCAGAUGGGUUCAAUAUCAGUGAAUCAUUGGCCCCACGACGUGAAAAUAGCGCUGCGACGACUACCGACAUUUCCUUUGAUGGACUCCUGAAGGAACCUUUGCUACUAAAAGAAGAUCUGAAAAAUGGAUGCGGUGGUCAGCUAUGGCCAGCAGGAAUGGCACUGGCCAAAUACCUUUUGUGCCGUCAUGCUACCAAUCUAUCUGAUAAGACAAUCGUGGAAAUUGGAGCUGGAGGUGGACUCGUUGGACUUGCGAUGGCACGUGGAUGUCAGCUCGAACACCCCAUUUAUAUCACAGACCAAGAACCCAUGUUUUCUCUAAUGAAAGAAAACAUCCAACUGAACAACCUCGGUCCAAAUGCGACUGCUGCGAUACUAAACUGGGGAGAACCGAUCCCAAACCAGAUUCCAUCGAAGCCGGAUGUCAUCAUUGCGGCCGACUGCGUCUAUUUCGAGCCGGCAUUCCCUCUCUUGAUCACCACGCUUCAGGACCUCCUUGGGCCCAACUCAGUCUGUUACUUCUGUUACAAGCGCCGCAGACGAGCCGAUCUCCGAUUCAUGAAGAUGGCGAAAAAGGCUUUCGAAAUGGAGGAGAUCCGCGAUGAUCCCGGUGCCUCUGCGUACGACAGAGAGAAUAUCUUCAUCUACACAAUACGUGCCAAACGUGAAAAAAAAAAUGAACACGUGAGAUGA